UUUGACCGAGUAUCCGACCCCCAAGCCCAUUUCACGUUGUCCGUCAUGUCCCGUAGCCGCCCUCCACACCGGGCCACUUUCCCCUUAGCCGCCCGACUCCAGACAGACGCCAUCCCCGACCUCGCCAGCCAAUAUCCAAGGCCCGUCGACAGUCUAUCCACUCUUUCAGAUACACAACCCAAGUUUCAUGGCUCCAGCUUGCAUCUUCGCCCCCCCUCCCUCCCAACUUGCCCGUCGCCCCAGAUCGUAUGCUCUACUACCAUGCCAGCUUUUGUUUCAGCGCCGAGCCUCUGGGUCCCGCAUCGCCAUAGCCGGCCGGCCACCCAGCAUCUCCCUCUCUCUCCCUCUCUCUCUGCGUGUAUCUGCGGGCCUUUUUUGGGCCCAUGUUUCUUCUUGCCCUCAGCUACGGGCCGCCGUCGUCCUAAGACAUCCGCUGCUUUUAUAAGUAGCCACGCCCGUUUCGCGACCUGGUCUGGGUCUUUUACCUUCCCCUCCCGGACCUUCUAACUAUACCAUCCACCGGCCUAUUUCUUUUUUUCCUCGCUUCUUCUUCAUCUCCCCUUGAUAUCCCCGUUCGUUUCACCACCACCACCACCACCAAACCCCGUUUCCGCUGCCUUCGUCGUCGUUAGCUUUCGUUUGAUACGAGCCAUCCUCCGCGUCGCUCCCGGCAGUCCCACUCUCCGCG